AUUACUGUGAUUUCAGCUUGAGAACAAGGUGGACGAUCAUGGCAUCUCUCUGGGUUGGAUCUCGAGGAACCAUAAGAGAUUACCCGGGCUUUAGCCGGGCAGUGGAUGCUGAAGCUAUCCGGAAAGCCAUCAGAGGAAUCGGAACUGAUGAGAAAACCCUCAUUGGCAUUCUGACAGAGCGGUCGAAUGCGCAGCGGCAGCUGAUUGUCCAGGAGUAUCAAGCCAAGUAUAAACAGGAGCUGAAAGAUGACUUGAAGGGUGAUCUCUCUGGAUACUUUGAGCACGUCAUGGUGGCUCUUGUGACUGCACCAGCCCUGUUUGAUGCCAAACAGCUGAAGAAAUCCAUGAAGGGCACUGGGACGGAUGAAGAUGCCUUGAUUGAAAUCUUAACUACCAGGACAAGCAGGCAGAUGAAAGAGAUCACGCAGGCCUAUUAUACAGUGUAUAAGAAGAGUCUUGGAGAUGACAUUAGUUCGGAAACAUCUGGUGACUUCCGGAAAGCUCUGCUGACUCUGGCAGAUGGUAGAAGAGAUGAAAGUCUAAAAGUGGAUGAACAUCUGGCCAAGAAAGAUGCCCAGAUCCUCUUUAACGCUGGUGAGAACAAAUGGGGCACGGAUGAGGACAAAUUCACCGAAGUCCUCUGUCUGCGGAGCUUCCCUCAGCUGAGACUAACAUUUGAUGAGUACAGAAAUAUUAGCCAGAAGGACAUUGAGGACAGCAUUAAAGGAGAAUUAUCUGGGCAUUUUGAAGACCUGCUGCUGGCCAUAGUUCAUUGUACGAGGAACACCCCGGCUUUUUUAGCAGCAAGACUUCAUCAAGCUUUGAAGGGGGCUGGAACAGAUGAAUUCACUCUCAACAGAAUAAUGGUUUCCAGAUCAGAGAUUGACCUCCUGGACAUCCGGCAUGAGUUCAAGAAGAAUUAUGGCCACUCUCUGCACUCAGCCAUUCAGUCGGAUACUUCUGGAGACUACAGAGCCGUGCUCUUGAAGAUCUGUGGAGGAGAUGACUGAAGAAGAUGGUCUCUAAAGGAUACUGCCCUGAUGAUGGGCCUCAGCAAUGCCAAAGGCUCUGCUUACAGCUCUCCUACAGUGUUCCAAAGUGUAAGCAAAUGCAAGACCGCAACCUGUCUGCCUGCUAGGAAUCAUCAUCAUUUUGCAAGGGCAAAAGCAAACAUGAUUUUAUAGUAGAGCAUCUCAUUCAUAAUGUAGAGGCUUAUAAUCUACAAUUAAAGACCUACUAAUGAUUUUCUACUUUGCUCAGGAAGUUGGAAUCAGUGUAGUCUAAAUCAGGAUACUAAAAACAGCUGCCUUUGUUAAACAUAAUUUGUGUGUUUGCUUUCAGCAUCUACCAAUACUGUGUUGCCUGGUGCUGACAAGUAUCUUAAAAUACAUUUGUUGUAAAUGCU